AUGAGAGAAAUAGUCUCCUCGGAAGUUUGGUCUUUUCUGAUCACAACGCUGCUGCUCACUAUUUUUCUUGUCAAGUUCAUACAAAAUAAGGUGGUCGGAAAAGGCAAUGAGAAAUUUCCCCCUGGGAGAAGAGGCUGGCCAAUAAUUGGUGAUAGCUUCAACUGGUUUGGGAAGAUAUUCUCAUGUAGUCUGUUCGGAAAAUGGGCCGUGGUGUCUGCAGACCCAAGCUUUAAUCGAUUCGUGAUGCAAAACGAAGGGAAACUCUUUCAAUCAAGCUAUCCGAAAUCUUUCAGAGACUUGGUGGGCAAAAAUGGAGUGAUCACAGCACAAGGAGAGCAACAAAGAAAACUCCAUGCUAUUGCCUCCAAUAUGAUGCGGUUAGAGAAGCUCAAGUUCCAUUUCUUGCAGGAUAUACAAAGAGUUAUGCUUCAAACCUUGAACAAUUUUCAUGAGAAUCAAGUCAUUCAUCUCCAAGAUGUUUGCAGAAAGGCAAGUACAUGGCCAUCACGUUUAGCGAUUAAAGCUCUAUUGGGUUAA